CCCUUAAACCAUAUCGUCACUCGCUCAUCCACUAACUGCUACUCGCUCAUCCCGUGGAGGUUUCGCUCUCUCAGUUUCUUUUCCCCAAAUUGGUUUUUCAUCUAACAAUUUACUUUGCAGAACCGUAACCCUAACCCCUUCCCCUACCUUGUAACCUUCCUUUCGAUCCUUCACCUCGCAGGUCUGAUUUUAGUUGAUUCGGUGAUUCCCAGAUAAUGGGAGAAACAAAGGACGAAGCAUACGAGGAAGAGCUUCUCGAUUACGAGGAGGAAGACGAAAAGGCCCCCGACUCCGCCGGAGCUAAAGUCAACGGCGAAGCUACCAAGAAGGGCUAUGUUGGAAUUCACAGUUCGGGAUUCAGGGACUUCCUUCUGAAGCCAGAGCUUCUUCGGGCUAUUGUGGACUCGGGAUUUGAGCAUCCAUCUGAAGUGCAACAUGAGUGCAUACCACAAGCAAUUCUCGGGAUGGAUGUAAUUUGUCAAGCAAAAUCUGGAAUGGGAAAGACUGCUGUCUUUGUUCUCUCUACUCUGCAGCAGAUUGAUCCUGUUCCUGGCCAAGUUUCUGCACUGGUUCUUUGUCAUACAAGAGAAUUGGCAUACCAGAUAUGCCAUGAGUUUGAGAGGUUUAGCACUUACUUACCCGAUCUCAAGGUUGCUGUCUUUUAUGGUGGAGUCAACAUCAAAGUUCACAAGGAUCUGCUGAAAAAUGAGUGCCCUCAUAUUGUUGUUGGAACACCGGGAAGAAUACUAGCAUUGACUAGGGAUAAGGACCUUUCUUUAAAGAAUGUUAGACAUUUCAUAUUGGAUGAAUGCGACAAGAUGCUGGAAUCACUGGAUAUGAGGAAAGAUGUUCAAGACAUUUUCAAGAUGACUCCCCAUGAUAAGCAAGUUAUGAUGUUCUCAGCAACACUCAGCAAGGAAAUUCGCCCAGUCUGCAAGAAAUUUAUGCAAGAUCCUAUGGAAAUUUAUGUUGAUGAUGAGGCCAAGUUGACCCUUCACGGGCUUGUGCAGCACUACAUCAAAUUGAAAGAGGAAGAAAAAAACCGGAAGUUGAAUGAUCUUCUUGAUGCACUGGACUUUAAUCAAGUUGUGAUCUUUGUGAAAAGUGUUAGCAGAGCAGCUGAGCUGGACAAACUACUCGUGGAGUGCAACUUUCCAUCUAUAUGCAUUCAUUCUGGCAUGUCCCAGGAAGAAAGGUUAAAGCGCUAUAAAGGUUUCAAGGAGGGGCAUACAAGGAUUCUUGUUGCAACAGAUUUGGUUGGAAGAGGGAUUGAUAUUGAACGUGUCAACAUUGUUAUAAACUAUGACAUGCCUGAUUCUGCUGACACAUACUUACACAGGGUUGGUCGAGCUGGAAGAUUUGGCACCAAAGGCCUUGCAAUCACAUUUGUUUCCUGUUCUACUGAUGUUGAUGUUCUCAACAAUGUUCAGUCAAGGUUUGAGGUGGAUAUAAAGCAACUUCCUGAGCAGAUCGAUACCUCUACCUAUAUGCCAUCGUAGAAUUUUUUGGGAACAAUGUUAAGUGCUUGGUGGCAUGAGUAAUCGUGACGCAGAACGGUGCAGCUGAUGAUUAACCGUGCUGAUAGAUACCAGAGUCUGUUUACAGACUAGGCCAUUUUACCAUUGGAUAUUUAUCGGUAUUAGAUGUAGCAGCAGUGUAAUGGCUUAUGUAUUUAUGGGUUUUCACUUACUGUAUUUUGUGUGGCACCUACGCUGUUUUCAUGAACGGUCAUGUUUUGAGUUGGUCUUACUGCGACCUUGAUAUUUGAUGCUUUAUACUUUUGUUGAAUUUCUAUACGUUGCCUUUGA